GCGUAAUUUAUUCUUCCCUUCUAAAUGAUGCAACUAAGUAAUAACAACCGGUUGAGGCGAAAUAAGCAAAUUAAAUUAGUGCGCUCGCUUGGGUGCAUUUAUUUGCACGUCAUUUACCGUUCUGGACGAGCCUUUGGCCGGCUGGUCUAUUUGGGCUGUUGUUGCCGUUUAAUGACGGGAUGGCCAUUGGUUUGGAAAACUAACAAGUACGAGCGUAAUGAAUAAUGAAUAAUGCUAAAGCACGCGCGUAGCCAAGAGGUGUGAAAUUGGGCACACUUGGGCGUUACUUGGAGCUUCUUUCUAGGUCCUAACUGCACCAGAUGACCAGCAGCGCAGGAACGGAACGGUUUCUGGCGGAAGUGCAACUACCACACAUGACGUUCACAUAAAACAGAAACUGAAGCCAGAAGAUCAGAUUUAAUCUGGAAAUAUGGAAAAUAUUGAAACACAAUGGCAAUAUUAUCUGAAAAUCAUUAAUACUUUCAAUAUUGGUCAACUAACUUUCCUUAAACUUCAACUUUUUUUAAACUCUGAAAAUAACGACAGCCGCACCACUGGCUUUGCCGCUCCGCCACCAUUGCGGACGCAGAAGUGCCAGCGGAGCCUCAGUUGCCUGGCGACUAGCGAACAGCUUGGACGUGCUCGUCGGUCCCGCCUUGAGUUUGAAUUCCUCCCAGCCAGCCGACAAAUCCGAAAUUUUGGGGAAAUGCUGCUUUCAAUGCAAAUGUGGCGCUCUCUGUGGCUGGCGGCCCUCUUCUGCGGAUUAGCGCAGGCCAAAGGCUCCCACAAAGUACACUGCUCCGAGGAUCAGAUGAGGGUGGACAUCGGUCUGCCGGAGGCGGCAGACUCCAAGGACCAGAGUGCACCGCAGAUAUAUCUGGAGGGACUGAAGGGAUAUCCGGAUGUGCGUUGUCAGCCCCAGAUCGAUGGUUCUCUAGCCGUAUUCCGGCUGUCGUUGAGUGACUUUUACGAGUGCGGCGUCACGAGAAUGGUUAACCAGCUAACGGGCAAGAAGGUGUACUACCACAAGAUCAUCAUCGAGUCCGCCAACAGCAAGGAGAUCGUCAGCGUCAAAUGCAUUACCAGCAGCAGUCCCGCCUAUAACGUCAUGAUGAAUGCGACCACCACCAGCUCCAGCUCCAGCGGCCGCGGCCUGGUCAAGCGGGAUGUGCUGCCGGCGGGUUUCCAGGAACCCGAGGAUCUGGAGAUCACCACAUCGCUGACCAAGCGAGCCCCAGAGCCGCGACUUUCCAUCGGUGUUAGCCAGGACGGACAGAAGUUCACCAGGGAUUUGACAGUCAAGUCGGGAACCCCCUUGACCAUGGAAAUCAACCUGGAUGAGGACUCCGCCCCAGUAUAUGGCCUGGGUGUGAACUAUCUGGAUGUAACGGAUACCCAUACAUCCUCGGAAACGCUUAUCUUCAAGGGCUGCACUGUGGAUCCGUAUCUGUUUGAGAACUUCAACACCAUCGACGGUGAUAUUUUAAGUGCCAAGUUUAAGGCCUUCAAGUUCCCCGACUCGUCUUACGUUCAAUUCCGUGCCACGGUCAACGUGUGCUUGGACAAGUGCCUCGGCACCCAGUGCUCCAACAACCAGGUGGGCUUCGGCCGGCGCAAGCGGGAGAUCAGUGCCGCAAACAAGGUCUACGAAAUAUCACUGGCCAUGUUCCUGCAGGUGGAGGACAUUGAAGGAGUCAACAAAAAUGAGGUCCUGCAGCUGGAGGAGAAACUGCGAGAAUUGAAGCUGGCUAACCAGCGUCUGGCCAGGAAUAGUCGCGGCAACUUCGCGGAGGAGCAGACGCCUGCCAGUGCUCAGCCCGCCUUUGUGGUGGACGAACGAGAGCUGGGACACCUCAGCUCGGCAUCGGGAUCGGCAUGGAAGGGGCUCCCGUUGGCCCUCUGGACGCUGCUCGGUGCUGUCCUUAGUUGGCGGCUGAUGCAGAAGUUGUAAAUCUCUCAAGGUGUGAACGGCGUGCGAGUGCGAGGAAUGCUAAUCAGGUCGGAAUUGCGUGCAGUGGCAAUGAAGGAAGGAGGGAAUAUUAAUGUACUACCUAACUACUAAUAUAUACCUAUACUUGAUGUAACUGCCAUUUACAAAACGUAAUUAACUUUAAACGUAUGCGUAGCUUAAGUUUUCUACGACUUAUGGCAGGCGACGUUGCGGCAUUGCGACACAAAACAGACAACAGACAACAGUGAUUCUUAUAAAAAUACACAAACUCUUACAUAUAUAUAUAUAUAUAAAUAUCUGGAGAACUUGAUGAACUCGGUCUAACUCAUAAGCACCUACUAGUCUCCUAAGUGUAACUGUUAAGCUAAUUUAAUUAACGACUAAACUAAACGAAUUAAUUGAUUAAACAGAACUCUGAAAGGA